AUGACCUCUUACAACCCCGGUGAAGAAAUAAAACCCGAAAAUGUAUUAAAAAAUUCCGAUAGUGAUUGUGAUUAUUCGUAUAGUGACGAGUUUGAUUCCGACAGCAAUUCAGACGUCACAAAUGUCACGGGAAGAUCAUCAUCAUCAUCAACUUUAUCAACUUCUUCGAAGUUCCGAACGAAGACAAUCAGCCCCAGUGAAAUGAGACUACACCUCCCGGAAGAUGAAGAAUCGCUCGCUAACCUCAAAAGGGACGAUAAUUACUCUUCACUGUCGAUGACCUCUAGCGAACGCGUGAGGAUCGCCCGGAGGUUCAACGACCGCGAUUUGCACUCAAGGUAUCCCAGGAAGAAUAUGAGCUUCACUAAUAUGCAGGUUAUGAAGAUCGAGAGGGACAAUCAGUGCUUGCUGAACAAGAUCAUGGCCAAUCAUAAACCGAUCUCGGACAACAAUAGCUUGGGGUUCGCUAAUAGGCUCAGCAGCUCGGCGAUCAAUAGGAGGAAAUUGCAAAGGAAAAUUGAGGAAGAAAAUAUGGCAAGUUUUUUUUUUGUUAUUUUACUGAUUUAUAAGAAACGUAAGGAGGAGUUUUGA